AAACCUCAUGGAAAUAUCGAACUAAACAAGCUAGACAAGAAAUGGGCGGCCAGAUGGCGCGCGAUGUCACCCGACGGCAGCCUCCACCCGACGAAGCACCUCGCUACGGUGCUGAAAGACAAGUUUUACUCUCUCUCGAUGUUUCCAUACCCCUCUGGGAUACUCCACUUGGGACACGUGCGUGUAUACACCAUCAGUGACGUGCUUGCACGGUUCCACCGGCUCAACGGGAAGAACGUGAUCCAUCCAAUGGGGUGGGACGCGUUUGGGUUGCCAGCGGAAAAUGCGGCAGUUGAACGGGGUAUCGACCCCGCGGUAUGGACAAAGACGAACAUUGCAAAGAUGAAAGAGCAGAUGGACUUGAUGCUUGUGGACUUUGACUGGGAGACAGAGCUCGCCACAUGCAACCCUGACUACUACAAGUGGACGCAGAAGAUUUUCCUAUUGAUGUAUGAGGACGGCUUGGCAUACCGAAAAAAGGCGGAAAUCAACUGGGACCCUGUGGACCAGACCGUCUUGGCAAACGAACAGGUGGAUAGCGAAGGCAAAUCCUGGCGGUCCGGGGCUGUGGUGGAGAAACGGCUACUCGAGCAGUGGUUCUUGGGGAUCACUAAGUACGCAAAGGAGCUCAAUCAGGACCUCGGAUUAUUGAAUGAGUGGCCGCAAAAGGUCAAGACAAUGCAGAAGCACUGGAUCGGCAAGUCCUCAGGGGCAUCUCUCCUGUUCCACGCUACUUCCCCCGAUCAAGAGUUUGAUAUCAAAACCUUUACCACCAGAGCAGACACCUUAUUUAGCGUACAGUACCUUGCGUUAUCGUGUGACCACCCGAUUACCAAACAGUUUGCGGUUGACGACGUUGAGUUACAACGCUUUUUGGCUGAAGACCGUCCGAAAGACAUCAAGGACGGGUACCUAUUGCCGUCUUUAAAGGCUACCAAUCCUCUCGAUGGACGCAUCUGCAACAUCCCAGUGUUUGUGGCACCAUACGUCUUGCCUGGCUACGGUGAGGGUGCCGUUAUGGGCUGCCCCGCGCACGACGAGCGCGACUGGGGCUUCUGGGCUCAGAAUAUGCCUGGAACGUCUGUCAAGCGCACCGUCAAGCCUGCAAAUGGGGUGGCCGAUGAAAGCACACCAUACACUUCCAAAGAGGGUAUUCUUACCGAAAAUGCGGGCCCCUUCGCCGGCAUGACCGCCGAUGCCGCACGUGCCGCGGCCGUCACGGCAUUAGAAGCUGCGGGCGCGGGGCACGGCGCUGUGCAGUACCGUCUCCGCGACUGGUUGAUCAGUAGACAGCGCUACUGGGGUGCGCCGAUCCCCAUCAUCCACUGUGCCUCUUGCGGCACGGUGCCGGUUCCAGACGAGCAGUUGCCAGUGUUGUUGCCUGAUUCCAAGCACCGCACCGGCAAAGGCAACCCGCUCGAGCAGAUGGAGGAGUUCUACAAAGUGGAAUGUCCGAGCUGCGGGGCCGAUGCGAGGCGCGACACCGACACCAUGGACACGUUCAUCGACUCUUCGUGGUACUUUUUCCGUUACACCGACUCGAAAAAUACUGCCCAGCCGUUUGACUUUGCCAAGGCCUCCCAACUGGUUCCGGUCGACAUGUACAUCGGCGGUGUGGAGCACGCGAUUCUCCACCUCCUCUACUCGCGCUUUGUGUCCAAGUUUUUGGCAACCAAGGGCUUGUGGGACGGUGGGAACAUGAACGGUGAGCCAUUCAAGCGACUUGUAACUCAGGGGAUGGUUAACGGAAAGACCCUCCUGGACCCCCAGAAUGGCCGAUUCCUUAGGCCAGAAGAGCUAGAUUAUGUCAAGGGCGCUCCAGUGAUCAAGGCGACGGGCGAGACUCCUCGCAUUUCUUUCGAAAAAAUGUCAAAAUCAAAAUUCAACGGCGUGGACCCCGCCACAUGCAUUGAGAAAUACGGUGCCGAUGCCAUCAGAGCGCAUAUUUUAUUCCAGGCCCCGGUGGAGCUCAGUCUUGACUGGGAUGAGGGUAAGAUUGUGGGAAUUGAACGCUGGUUGCGUCGCGUGCUCUCAUUGCCACUGGCCAUCAAUAAUAUCGUCGGGUCAUUGGAAAUGCCAACUCGCGAUCUCACUGCGGACGAAAUCAAAUUGCACAACAACGUGCAAAAGUACGUCACCAACAUCACCGUUUCUUUAGAAGACACCUUACAGUUGAACACGGUCAUUUCGGACUACAUGAAGUUGACAAAUAGCAUCUACGAGGCUAUCGACUCUAAUGUGCAUCCAACUUUGAUUCAUUCGGCAUUCCGGAAGCUAGUGACGAUGAUGUCGACGGUGACGCCUUCCGUGUCGGAAGAGGCGUGGGAGAUGUUGUCUGCCGAGUUCGCUUUCCCAUGGAGCACUGUGUUCACCAACACCUGGCCGACAGCCGAGCCGAUGAUGGAGUCACCGACCCAGUUAUUUUCCAUAGUGGUCAAUGGUAAGCGCAAAUUUGGUUUGGAAGCGCCGCGUAACAUCUUCCGAGACCCAGAGUACUUCCAGCAGGAGAUUAUGCGUUCCCCAGAGGGCCAGAAGUACCUAGCGGGAAAGCAGAUCCUCAAAGUGGUUUUCAAGGAAAAGGCCGCAAGUUUUGUAGUUAGAUAAGCCGUUUCUCAAACCAUGUAUAUAGUUAACCGCCAUGCAUAUAGAUAAAAUACUAAUACCUCAAUUCUGAAAGGAUA